UAGUUUAUGACGUGAAGGCGUUGUCCUCCUCAGGUCAUCAUCUUGUGUGUGUAUGUGUCUUCUUAAUUAUAAACUACAGUAUUAGGAUAAAAUCCUUCUGUUGUUUUUUGUUUUACAGGUUCAAACUCAAACGGCCUUCUCACAGCAGAUAUGAAAAGGAGCUUCGACUGCACAAGAGGAAUUGUUUGGCCAGUCCAAAACCUCUGCUGGACAUCUGUCAGCCCACCUGCUCAAAUGGAGCCCCUUGUUAUACCCCACUGCAAACAAGCUGCGGUCAUUUCAGCAAAAGAGAGGCUGGAAACUCAUCUGACUUUGAGCUCCUCUCCAAGCAGCUGUCAUCCUGGUCUGACACUGAGUCGUGUGUGAGGAGGGUCCUGGAACUGCUGUGUGCCAGGAAAGCCACAAAUAACAGUUUCCUGAAUGACUGUGUCAACGAGAAGUUUUUGGAGUUUCAUCGUGACAUCACGGAGGAAUGUGGUAAAGAAGAAAAACAGCACUCAUGGGCCGUCGUGGAGAAACAGGAGGAGAUUUUCAUAUUUGGACCUUAUUUUCCAAAGUACAACAAGGGGCAACACAGCGAGGACAUUAUUGUCAAACAAACUCAGGAUCUCCUGGAGUCUGAAGAACCCUCGGCAGGCUGGGAGGUUUAUGUUUUCACCAUGAACAGCCCGUGUUUAACUCGAGAUGUGGCUCCAUGCAUGAUUCACCUGGUUCAGAAAGCUCACCAGUGGUGGAGCGUGUACGGAGUGAGGACUCACGUGGGUUUCAUGAGGUGCUGGGGCUUCAGAGGAACCAAAGAAACCCUGUUCAGGGACGUUGACUACAGCCAAGUGGAUUGCAUCAAAAAGACCAAGGACCAUGAGGACUAUGUUAAAGCAGCCAGUGCAGGAACUCAUUUAAUUCCUCUCAGUAAAAACCUGACUGCUGCUGUUAAAAACCUGCUGACAUCUGGAAAUCUGACUUUUCUCUUACAGACAGUUUUGCAGGAACACGACUGGAGGAGUAUCUUCAAAAAAAUGCAUAAUGUUUCUGAAAGUAAGUCAGAGGAGGACAAAGCCAUCUUAACCCUGGAGGUGAACGCUGUGACGGAGGCUGCAAAAGCUCUGCUUUCAGACAAAAUAGGAAGUUUUGAGGAACAUUUAGAAAAUGGCAAAGAGUUCCCUCUCCACCACACAUUUGGUUCCCAAUUAUCUGCUGAUCUACAGGUAGAGCUGAGGCGCAUGUUUCAGCAGUGUUGGACAGAAUUGGUGCAAAACAAAUAUGCAGAGUUAAUCAGAGGGAGGCUGACGGAAGACUUCAAUCAGUGCGUGGUUGAACUUUUCAUCAAUGACGCUGCAAAGUUCUCCAGUAAAUUUCUUCACAUUGGAAGGAUACAGAUGUCCGAGCUUCAAGUUCCUCAGUGAACUCCACAACCAGAACAUACAGUAUUUCACUAUAGAAAACUCCCAUGGCCCAACCACGGGUCGUCCAUGGUGGCACACGGAGGCCCCCUAGUGGUCAUUGACUCGUGGUGAUGUCAAUGCGUAAAUCUCUUUCCUGCAUGUUAAAA